UCUUUUAUUAACUUAUAAUUAUAUGUAUAUUAUGUGCUCCGUUUUCUAAAGAGCAUACUAAUUAAUUAAUACUAAUAUUAAUGAUUUUCUACUUUCUAAUAAAGAAAAACACACAAACGUGACAACGACCUGUGACGUCAUCAAAAGGCGCAUCCCUGUGCUCUGCUUGUGCGACUUUAGGCGCAGGUUUCUUUCGAAUGGUUUUUCGUAAAUAAAAAGGACUUUAAAAUGUCUAUGAAAGGAAGAUUUCCGAUCAGGAGGACUCUUGAAUACCUCCAGAAGGGAGACAUCGUCUUCAAAAACAAAGUGAAGAUCAUGACGAUCAAUUACAACACACAUGGAGAGCUCAGCGACGGAGCAAGAAAGUUCGUGUUCUUCAAUAUUCCUCAGAUUCAGUACAAAAACCAGUGGCUUCAACUAAUGAUGUUCAAAAAUAUGACGCCAUCGCCGUUCUUGAAGUUCUACCUGGACAAUGGCGAGCAAGUUCUGGUGGAUGUGGAAGGAAAGGACCACAAACAAAUUUCCAAACAUGUUAAGAUGAUUUUGGGCAAAUCAGAAGAAGUGUUAGAAGCUGAGGCACAAUCCAAGAUGCAGGAAUCCAACCCCGCAAACUUUGGGCCCAAAAAGUACUGCCUGAGGGAGUGCAUCUGUCAGGUGGAGGGCCAGGUGCCGUGUCCGAGCACCACUCCUCUGCCCAAGGAGAUGACGGGCAAAUACCGCACCCUGAUGGCAGCUGAGGAGAGCUGAGUACUGUAGAUUCACUGGACAAUAUUAUAGCAUUGUGAUGUUCUCUAUGAUUUUGUACGAUUACGUGAAAGGACUACCGCAUUGCAUAUUUUGCUGUAAAUAUGUGUAACCUAUAGGGUCCCACUAUGCUGUGCAUUGUGAGAACGUUACUGUACAGAGACCCUCAAGUACACCAUGAGCAGCAGGAACCUACCAACACAUGGCAUCGUUUGGGCAAAAACUUUGCUCUAGGUUUGGAUAACUUGAUAUCCGUUUUUACGUGAUGUGACCUAGUUGAAGAAUCCACACAUCCGGAUGGGAUUUUACAUCCAGCCCAGUGUUUAUACUGCAAUGUAAACAUUAAAAAUAAAAAUGAUUUGCCUACGUGG